AUGAGGUACUUUUCGACUCGCGGCGCGGACCAAUUCCUGUCUUUUGAAGAGACAGUUCUCGCUGGACUCGCCCCGGACGGCGGGCUAUACAUCCCCGAACACGUCCCCACACUGCCCGAGAACUGGCAGACCGCAUGGAAGGACUACUCCUUUAUUGAUCUUUCUGUCGAGGUCUUGUCCCUCUACAUCUCGCCUGAAGAAAUCUCCAAGGCAGAACUCCGGGCGCUCGUCGAAAAGUCAUAUAGCACCUUCCGCCACCCGGACAUCACUCCGCUCAAGAAGCUCGACGAGAAGACAUACAUCCUCGAGCUCUUCCAUGGACCGACCUUUGCCUUCAAGGACGUUGCGCUUCAACUUCUCGGCAACCUCUUCGAGUUCUUCCUCCAGCGUAGGAACGCGCGGAAGGGGCCUAGCGAGAAGCCGGAGAAGUUGACGGUUGUGGGUGCGACAAGCGGGGACACUGGCAGUGCGGCCAUUUACGGCCUCAGAGGCAAGGCGAACAUCUCCAUCUUCAUCUUGCACCCUAAGGGCCGGGUUUCCCCCAUCCAAGAAGCGCAGAUGACCACCGUUACGGAUGCGAACGUGCACAAUUUGGCGGUGCACGGAACCUUCGACGAUUGCCAGGACAUCGUGAAAUCGCUAUUCGGGGACCGCGAGUUCAACGCGACACACAGGCUCGGCGCGGUCAACUCGAUCAACUGGGCGCGCAUCCUCGCGCAGACAGUCUACUACUUCCUCUCCUACUUCCACCUGCAGCGCCAAAUCCCGAACGCAGAGGGGGUUGAGAUUCAAUUCGUCGUCCCCACCGGCAACUUCGGCGACGUCCUCGCGGGCUACUAUGCGAAGCGCAUGGGUCUUCCGAUGGGCCGCCUUGGGGUCGCGACGAACGCGAACGACAUCCUCGCGCGUUUCUGGAAGAGCGGUGCAUAUGAGAAGGUCGACUCGGACAAGAGCGCGCCCGGGGAGAGCGCCCCAGUGGGCGGCGCCUCGGACGGAAAGCAGGCGGCCGAUGCGAGCGGGGUGCGCGAGACGCUCAGCCCAGCGAUGGAUAUCUUGGUGUCGAGUAACUUCGAACGACUGUUGUGGUACCUCGCCUACGAGGACGCGGCUCAGGGUGCGGAUGAGGGGUCGAGGAAGAAGGCUGCGAGCGCGACGAUCGCAGACUGGAUGAGCAAAGUCAAGAGUGACGGUCGCGUGCAGGUCCCGGUCGCGGUGCUUGAGCUUGCGCGGAGGGAUUUCUUCGCCGAGCGGGUGUCCGACCAACAGACCCUGGACACGAUCAAGUACUACUUCGAGUCGGACUCGCACUACGUCGCGGACCCCCACACUGCCGUCGGGUUGUGCGCUGCGCGUACAGUAUCUGGCCAGAACCCUCCGCAAACGCGCCAGAUCGUCCUUUCGACGGCACAUCCCGCAAAGUUCUCAGAAGCGGUCACGUGCGCAUUGCAGAACGCGCCAUCGUUCGACUUCGAGCGAGACGUACUCCCGCAGGAGUUCAAGGGUCUUCUCGAACGCGAGCGCCGCGUUAUCGACGUUGAGGCGGCCCAGAUCGACCUGGUGAAGAAGGUGAUCGAGAAGUACGCCGUCCCCGCGGGCGAGGUCGGCGCGAGCGUAUAACCGCGGAGGUCCUGGACCUCUAGCAAAGAAAAAGACCCCGUGCAUAUGAGGGGCCGAGGAUAGAAGAAUAAUACAGAUGUAACAUUGGGAUAGGUUCGCAACAGACUAUCGGAUCCUGUUGUAUGUUUGCGGUUGGGCGACAUGCUUAGACUCUGCCGUUCUGAGAUUGACUUGCGCCAGUGUGCGACCGGUCUGGCCUGCACAGGACAGCGGAGAUCGUCCAAAUGAAGCUCUCGGGGAACGUUCCACCCCGAGGCCGAGUUCUCUGGGCGAAUGGGGACACGGCCACAGAGUCUAUAUUGCCAUCUUCGCCCCGCUCCCGUGCCGCUGACUUCUCCCCAACGGAUCUUCCCUUGCUCGUCCAAUGACCACCUGCUUGUACACACGGCCACUAUCUUCAGGGAACACCUAGCACUCG